AUGUCCACAACAGCAAUUCAAAUCUGUGAAUAUCGAUUAUACAUAAAUAGCAAAGAAUUAAAAGAAGUUCUACAAGUUUCCAAUGGAUUUCGAGAUUAUAUUCUUAUAAAUCUUGAUUCGCUACAAAAGCCAAUCCCACCAAAUUCAGUCUUGUAUAAAGUUCUCAGAUUGGAGAUUUAA